UCGGGCUCGCCUCUGUUUGUUGCCUGCGCAGUCGUGCACGAGCAAACCAGCAGCUGCGACGCACUAACAUAGAGGAAGAGCAGGAGGAAGAGCAGGAGGAAGAGGAGGAGGCUCAGAUGCACUGGCUUUGCGAGUUGACUUGAUGACAGCGCCCUCAGGAGGUGGGAGGAGCGUCUGCAGAAGCUCCAGUCUGUGACCAGUAGCUCUGUUAGAAUAGCACCAGUGUAGAGCUCGGAGCAGGGACUGGUUUCCAGUAUGGAGGGCGUAGCCGUGCAGAACCUGAUAGACUUCGAGCUUCCCUCCGAGGCCUCGGCUCUGAGCGGAGACGGAGGCCGACACGAAGGCCUCACAGACAUUUUCUCCCCAGAGCCGGUGUCUUCCACCGGAUUCCAUCAGCAGCCGUCACUACCAGAGCCCAUGGCACCGACCCAGUCUCUCCACCACCACCACCACCGGCACCACCACCACCCAGAGGAAGGAGACAGCGACGCGACGGAGUCGGCAGACAGCGAGAACGACAUGGAGCCGCCCUCCCUGCUGAGGAGGUCGUCCUCGUCUUCUGCUCACAGUCGGGAGGACGCCGACGCCGAGACGCAGGAGGGGAGGCAGUUCAUGAAGGCGUACGUGGAGAAGGUGUUUCACGGAAAGGACGACUUUGACCAGGAGGAAAAGGCUCGUUUCGGGGAACUGUGCAGUGGAGAGACGAGCAAAGGCCGAGAGUGGUUCGCCAAAUACGUCAGCGCCCAGCGCUGCCAUUCCAAGUGUGUGAGUGAAGCCACCUUCUACAGGCUGGUGCAGUCGUUUGCAGUGGUUCUGUUUGAAUGUUUCCAGAUGGACGACUACAGUCCAGCCAAGAACCUCAUGACCAUGUGCUUCACGUACUACUACAUAGGGAAGUCUCAGCCGUCUCCCUCGGAGCUGCUGGAUCGCGGCGCUCCUCCAGCUCCUAUGGACUUGUACCUCAACAAGGCCAACUCGUGGCUGACGGGGAAAAAGGACGCCGCCGAGCGCCUCCUGAAAAACACGUCUAAGACGGACGUCAAAGGUUUCUUCGGAGGCCUGGAGAGCAAACUCAGGAGCUCGAUGGCUCCAAAGACUGAAGAGGAGGAAAACCCUGUGGAGAUGAAGCCCAGAUCACCAGUGUCUGAAGGUCCAGAGGAGAAGAGAGGGGAGAAGGUUUAUCUGUACGGUCACCUGAAGCAGCAGCCCAUCUGGCACACGCUGAGAUUCUGGAACGCUGCGUUCUUCGAUGCGGUUCAUUGUGAGAGGAAGAAGAGAUCACCGACCACCAGGGGAACGCAGGAUGAAGAGAAAGACGAGAGAGAGAAGUGGUGUCACAUGACCCAGGAGGAGCGAGAGGACAGCUCCAAGAUGGACGAGAACAUCGCCUUCGGUCAGCUGGGGACCUUCACUCACAACAUGCUGGCGUUCGGCCUCAGUAAGAAGCUGUGUAACGACUUCCUGAAGAAACAGGCGAUCAUUGGAAACCUGAACGAAGAACAGAACAAGCUGCUGAGCGACCACAUAGAGAAAAUGGCGGCAGAGUGACACAAAACAUUUCCUCUCGACUAAACAUCGUGACCAACUCUGCGUUUGACUGUUGUUGCAUUUUGUGUGGUUUCCUGCCGAGAUGCAGCGUGUGUUCUGAGCUGUGUCGUCGUCGUAGCAGCGUUGUGCGUCCAGCUCCAGCUCCUCUUCAUCCGGUGUCAGCAGAAACACCUCGUCAUCAUCAUCAGCUGCUGCAUGACCUCAUCGGUAAAACGCAGCCAUCUGUGACCCGCUGUUAACAAGUGACCCCAGGGAGUCUAGAAGCUCAACAGUGUUAGGCUACACAUCCAUGUGCUGUUUGAUCGUGUGUGUGUCCAUGUUAAAUAUAUUUAUUACAUAUUAAGAGAAAUACUGUGUUAAAUAUAAAACAUUCUUCUGCCUUUGUUCAUCUUCAUACAGCUCCAACCUGACGCCUGGCUCGUAUUGAAAUCUGAUUCUAUUUACAAACACACUGACCAAUCAGCUUCGACAACAAUCCUGUAUCAUUCAUAACCUUCAGGCCUUCUCUCGGAUUAAUAGAACAUGUUUAUUUGUUUCCUUGCUCCGGCUCAAACGCGUAGCACGUAGGCUAAAUAUGACGCUACAGCCAGCGGAGGGGUUAGCUUAGCUUAGCAUAAAGGUUGGAAACCCCAACCAAAGAGACAUCACGUGCUUCCCAGUGAACGAGUGGACGAGUGGACGAGGUUUCUAACACGUGAACUCAAAUAUCUCAGGAUGAAGAAGAGGAGUUCGUACACGUAGAAGACGAAGACGUCCCCUUGGACAAGUGAUGCUAAGCUAAAGCUAACUGCCUGUUGGUCGUAGCUUCAUAUUAGACAUUAGUGUUCAUAUUCCGGAGGUUGUGAUUUAACUUUACAUCAGGAAACAUCUUCCGUCCAAAGUGCCUUCCAGGAAACGUCAUGUCCUCGGUCUAACUUCUUUGAUGCUUCCUUUGAUCUCACGACUAAACACAACCUCUUCCACAACCAUGUCAUGAAACACUUUCACUGUAGUGUUGUGUACUUUGUCGUCAUAUAGUGGAGUUGUGUUGCCAACAGCAGAUCAUGUUCCCUGGAUGAACCUCCAGCCCUCCUCACACGCGUGUUUCUAAAUACUCUGCAUGUGCAUCUAUAUGUGAAUCUGUGGAAACGUGUGUAAGAAUGACUGAAGCUGUGAGUGGUUGUGUUACUUCACCCGACCACUGGAGGGCAGCACACCACUGCUUCCCGGGGAGAGAUUCCUGAAAGGAGAAGAUGUUAUCGAGGCUCCACCGGUUGGGUUCAGAAACUUGGAAAUCCAUUUUGUAAAUACUGUUUAUAUUUCUCUGUGUUGUAUAAAUGAAUCACGUGCUGCUGUUUGUGAAAUGUAGUUAAUUGCAGAUGUUAUAGAUGUAAUUGUGUUUUAAUUGUGUCCACGACGAAUAUCUAAGUGAAGUAACGACUGAAGGUCACACACACCCACACACACACACACACACACUUAUUUGAUUAUCUGGUGUGAAUGUACAGAUUCCUUCACAUCCUGAGUUUGUUGAAGUGUCCCUUUGCAUUUCUAAAACGGAAGUAUUGAUCCUUGUAUUGUACUUAUUAGCUCAGCAUGAGCUGUUUGCACUACCCCCCCCCCCCCCCCCCCCCCACACACAUACACACAUACACCUGGUGUGACACCGGUUCCUUGAGGCUGUUUUUGUACUUACUGGUCCUUAUUUAAAUCUUCAUGGGCGUUUGUCUCGUUGCCUGAAGGAAAAUGCUUCUUCUUUUCUACCAUAUUGCUUUUGUGUGAAGUAUCAUUAAAGGAGUUUGUUGUGUUGAUGAACUCAGUGUCGUCCAGUUCGAGGUUCAACACCAAGUCAGUUGUGUUUCCUUUACAUGUUUGCUCAGGAUUUACGCCUAAACAAGUGUUUCAUCAGAAUUUAUUCUACGUUUAAACAAACUCAUCUGCUCGCUGAAGAGUUCACGUGACUUUGUGAUGCGUGUGAAGGCUAUAGUUGUUGUAAAGGUUUCCUGGGGGGGGAUUGUGUAUCAUCUGAACGUGUGUUACACCGUUUUUAUUGUGCUCUUCUUACACUUGCAUGACCACAUUGUCAUACUGCUGUUCGUAAUAAAUAAUAUGUUCAAUUCAA